GUUACCUUGAGGGUAGUUUUCCCUGAAAAGCGUGUAGAAUCUUAUGCGUGCUACAUUUGAGCUCGCUGCAGUAGUCAGUGAAAAAGCUCUUUUCAGAGAUUGUGAGCUUUGAAGGCAUUCAUACACAAGUUUAAAAAAAAAAAACACUAUGGGAAAUAUUGACUUAAUGAUACCAGAAAUUAUGCCAAAUAACAUACGAAGGCGUAUAGGGAUUAUUGAUCGAUCACACUCGCAACAUUCGCGAGCUCGUCGAGCGCUGUUUGGUCCAGUGGAUCACGAAGAAAACCUUAGGUUUGUCCACGAGGAGUUAAAUAAGAUCCAAGAUAAAGAUGAAGAAAGGUGGAAUUUUAAUUUCAAAACUGAAACAUCAUUGCCCUGGGGGUAUUUACCAACACUAGCUAAAGACAGAAAAAAAGGCCUACAGCGAUCUUACAAGACAAAAAGUCUUCAGAAGUGUAAAACAUGUGCGAAAAUAUGUUGUUCUAGUCUUCUCGAUAUCGGACUCCAAGACGAGCCUACGCUAAAAUUCAAACGCACUGUAGUCACAGCGUGUUCCACGAAAAUAUUAACAACAGAUCCAGAAAAAAGCUACAACCCAACUUUACAACACCAGAAGAAAAUUACCGAGAAACGCCCUGACCAUACAACUACCAAAGAAGAACGUGUGAUACAUCUUACGAUAUUCAACACUGGAUAGUAGAUACCUUUUGUCCACAUUACCUCUGCACUGUUGUGAACAUGUAUAUAUAUUUCUCUCUUUCUUUUAUUUUUUUCAGCAGCGAAUGCGUAUGGAUGAAAGUAGUACAACUAGCAUGAUAUUGUAAGCUUGUUUUUGAUAUUUAGUGAUAUGGAACGAUAUGAGUUGAAAUUAAUGUAACAUAUCUAUCAUUGGUUCUCGUCAUAAAACAUGAAAAUAAUGAGAACAGUUAAUGCCUUUUCAUAUGCUCGUUUCGGACAGUUUAGCCCCCCAGUGGCACAGCGGCAUGUCUGCGGACUUACAACGCUAGAAACCGGGUUUCGAUACCCGUGGUGGGCAGAGAACAGAUAGCCCAUUGUGCAGCUUUGUGCUUAACUUCAAACAAACAGACAGUUUAUAAACAAAUUGAUGUCGGUCUUUAUUUAUUUCAUGCUGCUUUAAAAGUUCUGCUGAAAUUAACCAAUUCCCCUAGAAGAGGCUUAGUGACAAAACAACCCUAAUCAGUUUUUCUCUGGGGGGUCAUUUUUAUAUAACAUUAUAUGUAAAAUUUACUAACAAAAAUAAAUCGGUGACGCUAACGAUGUAUGUACAUUUUUUUACUUACUAACCUACAUAUCAAGUUUCUUUAUUUUCAUAACGCUAUUAUUAUCCACAGAAAAGCCCAUUCUUCCUAACUAUUUCAAUUGUACAGUACGAACACUUCCGCUGUUAGUUAUUCACUAUCAGAUCAUCAACUUGUUUUAACAAUACUGAAUUCAGCUACUUUAGUGACUCUGAAGAUUGUUGACUGGCCAUGAGCUCUGUGUAUGUGUAAUAAAUAUUUUUAAUUUGACAUUCACGUUUAUAAGGAUACAGGUAAGGACAUCAUCAGUUUUUGAUUUAAACUUCAUAUUUUUUGUACAUAUGUGUGUGUACAUAAAGUUGGUUAUGGAAAAGUUACUUUAACGUAAAUAAUAUUAGCAUACCCCUCCGUUAUUACUGACCUAGCAGUAAUGUCAGCUGAGCAUAAUGAUCUCAACUAAUUAUUCGAACUAAGGACCAGCACAUAGAGAUUAUAUGUAGGAUAUUGUGUACAGAUAAACGUAUAUAAUUACUUUAGUAUCAUGUGUGUUAUGCAUUAUUUGUAACAACCUUUAUUAGGGAUGUUGCUCGUUAACACUUGAACUUGUAUUUUACCAAAGGAGAAUCAUAUUAAACGUACGACACCGUGUUACUCAACAAUAGUAAGACCUGUUUUUGGAUAAAUAAAUUGAGUAGUUUUUGGAUUUACGUACAUAAAAUUAUUUCUUCAGUGUGCAUUUGUUUGGUGUAUGUAGUAUUUACUAUAAAACCUUAUAUCUUUUCCAAACAGAUUUAAAAUAUAACAGUUUAUGCUUAAACAUUAUAAGUAAAUAGUAUUUACAAAGAACAACAUACAGUUUUAAUUUACGAGUUUAAGGGAUACGUCUAAAACGUUCUGCAUAUGUUGUAUAUGCAGUUUCAUACUUAAGUUUAUGUUGUAUAUGCAGUUUCAUCCGUUUCAUACUUAAGUCGUUACCUAAACUAGCACACCUCGUAAUUUUCCAAUGAUCUCAGAUAAGUUAUAUUUCUAUUUAAUAAAUGGUGGGUUAAGAAAAAUAAAAUCUUAAAAACACUGUUUAAAAACUUAACGCUGUCAGUGUGUAAAAAAUAAUUUAAUUUUUCAAAACUCCUCUUGUUGUAUUUCUUGAAAUAAUAUAUGUUUAAUUGUUGUUUUCUCAGUUCAUCUCAGCUAGUUUCUCUGAGUUGUUUCAGUAAAAUAGAAAACAUCAAAUUUCA